GGUGGCCAGAGGAGGACAAGAGACUUCCAGAAAGAAUGGAGGGAUGAUUUGCGUGACAUAUGAAACGCAGUCGCACAUCAACAAGCAGCCGGGCUUCGGGGACGUGGCCACGGCCUCUGUGGUGCUGGUGCUGCUGAUGGCGACUGAGAGGAACCGGAGGGGAGCGCCCCCCGAGCCCGCGGCUGCCGCCGAGAUCCAAAUGGUAAUUCUGGCAUUUGAAUACUGUAAGGAGACAAUUUGUCAUGCCUGCAUUGUGGAAAUGGUGUUCCAAGUGAAAGGCACAGCAUACAGUUGAAGCAGCACAUACCGGUGUUUCAGGGAGAGCGUCUGAUAUGUUAAAUAGAAGCUAUCUUUGUUGGGUUGUUUUCUGCCUUAAUGUCAAUCGAUAUGUUGGAAGUUAUCAAAAAGUUCAUGAGAAAUCCAUUUCAACUUCUAAUGAAGAAGGAAGAAUUGACCCUUGAAAGGACCAGUAUUUUAUAAUAUUUUUGAAAGAGGGUGGUGACAGUGAAAGAAAGAAAGAAAGAAAGAAAGAAAGAAAGAAAGAAAGAAAGAAAGGCAUUAUCAGGAAGGAAUUCAGAUAUAGAGGCACCAUGUCCAGCCGCAAAGGGGGCAGGAAGAAGCCCCUGAAGCAGCCCAAGAAAUAGGCCGAGGAGAUUCAACAGAAGGCGUUCAAGCAGGAGCCAAAAGAGGAGCAGAAGAAACUCCAGGAGCUAAAAGGCCAAGACCAGGCCACAGGGAAGGGCCCCCUGGUCACAGGCAGAAUUAAGAAAUCUGGCAAAAAGUAAACUGUUCCUUGUGCCUGAGGCAAUGAAUUGGCAGUGGAGGCUGAUCUGGGAGGAAAGCUGUGGCCAUAAACAUUGAAGAAGACAAGUGGAUUCUUUGUGACAUUCAGACUUUCUACAAUAGCACAGUGGAGGAAAUGCCAAUGAAUGUGACUGACCUUAUUUAAUUCCUGGGAUGAGAUAGUUUUGAAUGGAGCACUCGCUGUUGUGGAAUAGGUGAUGAUAACGUCCACUGUGCUUCUUUCUUUGGGAAUAUUUGAAGCUCGUCUCAAUGCUCAUAACGGAUCAAAAAUACAGAUUUUGAUGGUAACACUACUCUUACUCGUGAGCCCAUAUGAGGAUGGUCAUUGGUUUUAUCUGCUUCAGAAUUAGAAUAUUGGAGUUGGAUAUGACAGAUGGGGUUGUAACAAUUAUUCUUAGAAAUGUAUUUCCUAGUUCUGUAAAAAUGGUUAUAUUGAGUGUGCUCCAUCAUUUAAUACUAUAUUGUGGACUGGACAAUAUGUGCUGUAUAAAAGCAGCCAAUUGAGGUGCCUAGGUGGCCCACUUGGUUGGGCGUCCAACUUCGGCUCAGGUCAUGAUCUCACAGUUUGUGAGUUCAGGCCCCACAUUGGGCUCUGUGCUGAUGGCCAUUUGUGUUACGAGUUACGUGUGCCAUCAGCACAGAGCCUGGAGCCCACUUCGAGUUCUGUGUCUCUCCCUCUUUCUCUGCCUCUCCCCUGCCCAUGCUCACACUGUGUCUCUCUCUCAAAAAUAAAUAAACUUUAAAAAAAGAAAAGAAAAAAAGCAGCCAAUUAUGGGGCGCCUGGCUGGCUCAGUCAGUGGAGCAUGUGACUCUUGAUCUUGAGAUUGUAAAUUUAAGCCCCAGGUUGGAUGUAGAGACUACUUAGAAAUAAAAUCUCUUUUUAAAAAAAGCAUCCAAUUAUAUUAAACUAGUUUAUCUGCUUUUAUUGCGUUAGUCAUUAGACUGAAUAAAACAAACUCGAAAAUGUUUUUUUUUAAAUAAAGUAUUUGAUUUCAUUUUGUAUGGUAUUGUGUUUUUACUUUGUAAUGUUACGGC